GUAAUUUGGACAUAGCGUCAUGAACGAAGGCCAGACUGCUAUGACAGGAUUUCGCCAACCGCAUCUGAUUCUCUCCUUUCCCUUUGACAACUCUUCCUUUGGCAUAAUUCCCUAGCCCAAAUCGCAACAAUGCUGUCGCGCCACAAACCUCAACUCUGCAGAUAUACAAACAUACACUCAGGCGAUGAACCUAUUAUGGCAAAAUCUAGUAUAUACAUCAAACUUUUAUGGCAAAACUGAGGUGUAGAGUUCUACAGAGUCACAACUAUCGAGGGAUUUGAACGUCGAUUACUGACAGCUACAUGUUUACCGACGGGAAACUUCACCAAGCAAGAAAGCAGCUCACAUCCUUCCAAACACCCUAUAAAGUUCUCGAUUUCACCCAUCUCUUCGUACACCAGUUCAUUAUCGAUCUUCUAUCUAUCAGAGAUCUCUGAACCGCAGUAACAAUGGAUCACCCAGUCGUACACCUCUUAAAGCAACUCAUGUCCAUCAUCAGCACGAGCGAACUCGAGCACGAGAUUGGUUUAUUCCUUGAAACACACCUCCAAUCCCUAGGAUACACCGUCGAACGCAUUGCCAUCGCUAAAAAUUCUCCCCGCCACAACAUCUACGCCUAUCUCGGUAGCUCUCGAAAAACCCGCAUCUUACUCACAGCGCACAUGGACACUGUCCCUCCGCACAUUCCCCUUACCAUCGAUGGCAACUUUAUCCGCGGAAGAGGAGCAUGCGAUGAUUUAGGUCCAUUAGCAGCGCAGAUCAUCGCAGCCGAGGAGCUGAAAGAGGAACGUGCUAUCCGCGAAGGUGAUGUUGGACUGUUGUUUGUGGUCGGCGAAGAGAACGGCGGACACGGGAUGGUCGCCGCGAACGACAUGGGGCUGCACUGGGACGCUGGGAUAUUUGCUGAACCGACUGAGAGCAAGUUGGCUAAGGGUCAUAAAGGACAGGUUGCGUUUGAACUGAUCGCGAGCGGCGUUGCUUGCCAUUCAGGAUACCCACAUAAAGGAAAAAGCGCUACACUGUGUCUACUAAACAUCCUAAACGACUUCACAGCAGCUUCAUGGCCCUCAUCCGACCUCCUCGGCCCAUCAACCUUUAAUAUCGGCACCCUCUCAGGCGGAGAAGCGCACAAUAUCCUCGCGCCCUCCGCAAAAGCCUUAUGCGAAGUACGCAUGGUAUCUGACCUCCCUCUCAUCAAAGACAAGAUCAGAGCCAUCGUCUCCAAACACCCUGAUAUUGAACUGCGUUGGGUCUUCGAGUACCCUGAAGCGCUUCUAGAUUGGGAGGGUUUUGACGGGUUUGAAGCUGCGCCCGUGGCGUUUGGGACUGAUGUUCCGAGACUCGAGAAACAGUAUUGUGAUAAGCGGGUUUUGUAUGGUCCUGGGUCAAUAUUGGUCGCACAUGGGCCGGGAGAAUUUGUUGAGGUUGGGGAGCUGGUGGGGAGUGUGGGUGGGUAUAAGAAGUUGGUUUUGCAUUUUUUGAAUGCGACGGAGACAGAUCGUGGUGGGAAGUCGCUGCAGCCUUCUAAAUUGUAA